AUUAACAAGCUGACCAUCAGUUUCUUGCAUCUAUCCAUCAUCAUCAUUCGAAGCCAAGUCCAGGGUUCGAUAAGCAGAGAGGCUCCCGGUUCUGAAGCAUCAAUGGCCUUCGUACCGAUCUGCGUGCAGUGCGGGACGAGGAGCAACCCGUGCCGGUGUAAGGUAAUCGGCCCGACGCUCGGAUUCGUGGCGCUCGUCGUGGCCGGGGUGGUGGAGUGGCCGCUGGGCGCGGCCGUGUUCCUGUUCCGCCGCCGCAAGGGCCGCCGCAUCAUGGGCCACCCAGCUGGGGUCGUCUACCCGCGCGUCAACGGAGCAAUCCCCAUCUAAUCGACCGCCGCCUGCUGAAUCCUCGUCGGUGGUGACGCCGUUCGCCUGAUCGAAUCGGCUUGUCAGGCAAUGUCAUGAGAUGGAUUUAGGACGUUCGUAUCUCAAUGUGGAAUUAUGUGUUCAAUAAAAGCGUUGUUUGUGUUGUAGAAACUUGCGAAGCUUUGCGGUGGCUGUACACAGAGUUUUUCGUCGAUGUAAAGCAACUGCAUUACGAGUAUUUUGCUUGGCAAUGUAUUUUCCCUCUUCUCUUUUUCAGCUAAUAAGAAUGUACUACGUAGUAACAACUACUGUUCAAA